AUGGAAGAAACUGACAGAACCAUCUCCCGUUUAUGGAGAUCAUUUAAAACCGUGAAGGAAAUGGUCAGAGAUAGGGGAUACUAUAUUACUCAGGAAGAAAUCGAUAUGACCUUGGACGAAUUCAGAUCCAAGAUCUGUGACAGUAUGAACAUCCCUCAAAGAAAAUUGAUGUGUUUCCAAGCCAACCCAACUUCAGAGUCUUUAGAAAAAUUCCCAGACUUGGGAUCAUUGUGGGUUGAAUUCUGUGACGAGUCCUCAGUUGGUAUCAAGACCAUGAGAAACUUCUGUAUUCAUAUCAGUGAAAAGAACUUCAGCACCGGUAUAUUUAUUUACCAAGCCAACAUCACUCCAAGUGCCAAUAAAUUAAUUCCUACUGUAUCACCAGCUUCCAUUGAAACCUUCCAGGAAAGUGAUCUCGUAGUUAACAUCACUCACCACGAAUUGGUUCCAAAGCACAUCAAGUUGGCCAGAGACGAAAAGAAAGAACUUUUGACCAGAUAUAGAUUGAAAGAGUCUCAAUUACCAAGAAUUCAAAAGGAAGAUCCAGUUGCCAGAUACUUGGGGUUGAAGAAGGGUGAGGUUGUGAAGAUCAUUAGAAGAUCUGAAACCUCUGGUCGUUAUGCUUCUUACAGAAUCUGUUUGUAG